UAUUUACUUGCUUCUGUUUGACCGACUUACUACUUCUUGCUUUACAACUCACCAACGAUAACCCACUCACACCAAAUCAAAAGAUCGAAGAACAAUUCCUAUCAACCGAAAGAAGAAGAAUUUUUCUCCUCAGGUCACUGUCCAUCCCCGUGGUAGUGGCUUUUUUGUUUACAUUAAAUUUUACAACAAAAAUAUCAUCGGGACUUCACUAAAAAAAAGCAUUGUUUCUCUGUCAUCAAUCAGAAUCACAUUCACAACCAAUCACCGUGAUAGUGGCUUUUCUAAAUUAACAAGUUUUUAUUUUUCGAAUUAUCAAUCUUCCUGAGUCACAUUCUUUCCUAAUCCAUUGCCAUCCCAAGUGGUAGUGGUUGCAAAAACAAGAUCCGUCUCUAAAACAAAGAAUUUCAAUUUCAAUUUGAGUUACCAUUUUCCAAACUACUAUCAGAGUAGUACUAGUACAGGCAGAAGAACUGUAAAGAACCUAUGAGAGAGGACAACGAACUUUUCCUCCGCGUCAAAAUUUCCUAGAGAAAAAUUUAACGUAAAAAUGAAAAGCAAAAGCCACAUCUGCGCGAAAAGUUGAAAUGUAGAAGUCUCUGCAUGAAGAGCGAGGGCUCCACGGCCAGCAAGCCUUCUGGACUGCCAUGCAGUUUGGGCUCUUGAUGAAAACUGUCAUGCAAGAAAGAACUCGGUACAAAUACAUCGUUUGUCGUCCUCGAAAGUAGCUUACACUCAUUCGGGGUUUAUCUUCUUCUUUUGCAUGCCAAAUUAGCGGCGCUGAGAUGGAGUACUGGUUGUCCACUUUCAUACAUCAACAGCUUCGGAGGAGAGACAGCUGUAUCAUCAUAGAAGAGUUUUUGAGGAGAAGAACAGCUUCACUAAAACGAACAACAUUGGAGGAGAACGAGAACGGCGUCUUUAACAGCAAGGUUUGUUCGAGGAGAACAUCAUCAAGAAGACGCUGACGAGGAGAAAACGAACACGUACCAAAAAUUUCAAUUUCGAGGAGAACGAAAGCAACUUCAUUGCUACCAGCACCGUCGGAAGAUAGACGUACUUUAAGAAGGUGGCUGCAAAGGAGCUUGUCCUCUUCGUGUAGAACAACAACAAGUCUACAUCAUCGUGCAGGAGGAGCAGACAAGAAACAAAGGAAAAAAACUACACUGCAAGAACUACCGUCGAUCAUACCACCAAAAACAGAAGAGCAGGGGAGCAAAACUCUAGAAGUAGAGAAGCAAACGAUCUAGUACGAGGAAAGUCAGAACCUGAAGCUUGUUCUGCCACAUCAAACACUGAAGCGCAAGAGAAACUCCACCGCGAAACAAACCCCAGCACGAAGACCAUGACGCGCGCCAGAAGCUUUGUGCGGGUGACCGGGUCCGCCGCCUCCUUGUUGGCCACGCCCGUACUCGUCAACGCGACUGUAUGCGGAGAAAAAGAAGUUUGUAGGUGUAAACUUUGUAGUUCUACUUGCGGGAACAGCAUUAGUGGCGUGAACGAAAAAACCUGUCAUGCGCAGAUAGUACUACCUCGUCUACCUGGAAGCUGCGCGACUGAACAAUGGGCCCUACCAUGCAUGCCCAGCAUGACAGACGCAAUCAUCUUCUUCCAUGUUGCGCAUGACAAAGUCAGUACACUAGCAAUGUUCUUUUUUCUCGCGAUAGACUCCGACCGAAGACCAGUACGCGUUCCUCGAGGAGGACGACGAACCGGAUCCGGUAUGCAUUACAAGCAUGUCGGGGUCUGGAUUUGUGAUGCGAGAUGUGAAGGACAACAAUGAUUUGUGAUGCAUAUAUGCGAUGGACCCGUUUUCUUUUGUCAUGGCAAAUAACGCAAAUCCCGUGCCUUUAACUUUACCCAGCCCCAGCAGACAUAUUUGCGAUCCAUAUCCAGAGGCCCUGGCCUACGAGCGUGCGAAGAUGCGUCAAGCCGGUUUGCUAUCCUGAGUAAAAACGUCCACACCCCAUGAUACGUCAAGAUGUUGGGAGCUCUGCAACACAAAUCCAGAAGUCUUGGAAACCACGCAUCACAACCACAAGUUCCCCCCUGUGUUUAUAAUGCAGGGAGGUUGGCAUUGGCAAGGAGAAGGACAGCCGCAUGACAGAAGCGUUUGCAUACCCUAUUUACAGCACCAUUACAAAUUCCAAAACACGACCGCAAAUGCGUAUCAGUUUGAUGCGGGUCACAAAUGUUUUUAUCAUUGCGUAUCUGCAUGACAACUCUCAGGUGGGGGCGUUUUUACACAGGAUAUUUGCCAAUUCCCGGCGAAGAUGGACCUUCUCGUCGCGGCCGUUCGUCCAAGAAGUCCUCGCCUGGUCGUGCUGCCGUAUGAACUGCAAAAGUCUCGUAUCUAUUCCUAGUAAUUGCUGUUAUGCAUGACAAAUCUCUUUCCGAAGGUGAAACAGCAUAAGAAAUUUAAUUUGUCAUGCUGAGCUGAUGUAAUACAACUAGUUCUAGUACGAUGCUUUUGCAUUCGAUAUGCCGACGGGAGUAACAAACGGGCCAACCGGAGGAAGCGGCGCGCUGCGGCUCGGAAAAACAAAAAGAAGAAUUCGGCAACAGAGGACCUUCCGCAGGCGGACGGCAACGGUGCGGAAACUACUGCUGCUUCCACGUCUGCUUUCGUGGAGAAGAAACUGGAUGCGGCCAAGCCGGAAGGUGGAGCUGCGGCCCCUUCCCCUGCUGGAGACCCCAUUCCUUCCUCUACCGAUGUUGACGAGAAGAAACCGGAGCAGGUGGUGGCGGAAAAACAAGGCGACGCCACGACGCCGGUAUGCAAUGCAAAUCUGUAGUGUCGCUCUGGAACGAAGAGGUUUUGAUACCGGUGUACUUCUGAUGAGAAGCAAAAGAAAAAGUAGAAGAAACCUGCAGAAGCCUCCCCUUGGGAUCAGCGCAUAACAAGUUUUUGAGCAACUGCGUGUUCAUCUUGCGUGAGCUGCACGACAGUAAGUAUUCAAUAUCUGCGCAACAUGACAAACAGGUGGCCCGCGUACGCCUACGCGUUCUUAGCUUGCAUGACAGAUUGUUGACUCCCGUCACUCAGCAAAGCAUGAGGACUGACGAAAAUCUCGCAUGCUCCAGACCCAGACAACAUAGUUUCAUUUCACACCCGGUGAACGAGGGCGUCAAGGACGAAGAGGGAGCAAAGGACGCGGUCGUCCCCGCCCCGCCGGCGAGUCCGUCGACGACCUUUGUCCAAGAAAAGGAGAAGGAGAAACUGGUAUAGAACACUUUGAAAGUAUUUUGUUCAUCUUACUUUCAUACGUCUGACAUGUAAAUUCAGUAGAUGGUUGGAUGCUUGUCACGCUCCCUAGCGCCAGAAAAAACCAAAUUGGUAUGUGUUCGGGUGCCCCGUUUGACUUUUAGUAUUCGUUUCUGAUCUUCCCGAGUCGGCCUCGGCUCUGUGAUCAUCGUUGCAGGGCAAGGAGAAACGGCCGCCCGUCUCGGAACGUUUACGCAAUAGAACUGUGAAUAUUCAUCUUCAUGACGCAAAAAAAAAGUCCUCCCGAGCCACAACUUCAGGUGGAAAAAGAAGACGCUGUCGUGGAACAGAAGCAAGCGGAGAACACAGUGCCAGCGGAAGAGAAAUUUCCUUCGGUAUGCUCCGAAAAGAGGCAUGGUGCGGAACAUAAUACGAACUUGGCCUCCUUACAUCAUCAUCACAACAUCAAGAAUUUAGAUGCGGAAGUGAGAAAUGAUGUUGGAGCAGGUGAAAAACUAAAACAGGUAGACGUAGCCACAAUUUUUUUUCCUGUUCUGACUGGUCAUUGUUAGACGCCAUGCUCUUUUUCUGUAGCAUAGUAAAAGGUCGAGGGCACCGCGGGUGUUGCGGAGAAAGAAACUCCGAAUGGGACAAACCAGGCUCAAGACGGCGAUGCGAAUGCUGGUAAUGCACAUGCUUUGUAUUAUGUAUAGUUAUUGGCCUUCUUUGGGCACAGCAUCAACAUCUUAAGAUUGCAUCCGACGACGUAUUAGUAUCUUCAUACCAUUCUCCUCAAGAGCGUGUAGCUUGCUGCUGCUCAAGCAGCUGUCUCCGCACCUCGGGUCGUCAUCCAUGUUGUUGGAGGCUCUGCACGAAAAAAAAUCGAAACUAGGUGGUCUAUCCCAGGGGAAAGCACAUCAAUGUUGCAAGUUUGCACCCGCAAAAACAUCUUUCGAGCAGAAAUUGCAGCUGGUCGCGAGAUGUUUUUUAAUCACCUAAAAAACAUGAAGCAUAUUUAUAGGUUGCGAUCGGAGUCAGACGUCCAGGAGACGCAUGCUUCUUUAGAUCGAAGCAGGAAAAAUUGUGCGUGUUUCCUGGUGGACUUCAAAAGUAACGCUAAUGUCACCAUGUCGUAAGAGAAACACGAGGAACCUCUAAGGAUUUUCUUCUACGUCACCAUUGGGAACCAGUUUAAGCAAUUGGACUACGGGGCCCAGAUCGCCGCAUUGAAUUGCUCAGGGAGAGGGACAAACAUUUCUUCUGAUGGUCAUUUUUGGCUGUCCGCCAGGCCGCGCCACUGCUGUUUCCUUUUCUCAACCCGCCCGAGCAAGUUCGUCCUGCACGUCGUUAGGGUGGUCAGGGUGAUUGCGUUUUUAGGAUACUGUUAAUAGCUUGCUUUAUUUUUUCUAGCGAGGAUGAUCUUAAUCCAGUGAGGGUCUUUCCACACUUGAAUGACGAAAAAACCUAGCCUCAGUCAACGACGUUACCACUAGGGUAUCAGGGCAGGCUAUUCCUGCCGCGCGUCGGAGGAGGGAGUAGCGCCGAGGCCCGCUCGAGCUAGUCAUCAUGUGUUAUAUUGAUUUGGAGGCAUGAUGCUCUAAUAUGUGCACCUGACAUACACUUACACGUAGUAGAAAGAGGGCAUCUGAUUGGGUAGAAAGAGUGAUAGGGUAUAACUUGCAAUUCGGUGGUAAGCUUUCCCUGCGAUCAUCCGAGCAAGGACCACCAACUUAUCCGAAGGAAAAUUCUGCUUGUCCACCUCCGCUUUACACCUACUUCGUGUUCUUCUCGUCGGGCAGCUCUCUUGCAUUUUCUUCGGGAACCUUCCGUUCUGAUCAGGUUCAGGGAUGUGCAGUUACACAAACAAUUGAGGAAAAUAAUAUUGUCUUGCUGCCGUGCCAAGAAACUAAGUAACACUACCUAGUACUUACGUACAACUACGUGCAUGUGCAUUCCCAGCUGGUCGCCCAAGACAUCGACCAUUUCGUUUGCUGACCUCCUCUGCUCCUGGAACUUCUCCUGGUAUGAGAAGUUUUGGUAGAAGGAGUGUGACUCAAUUUCCCACUCCUUUGGGUCAUUCGCUCCCCCGCGCAUCACCACCCGACCCGGAUCACCAUCCCACAGCCCCUGCAUCACCUCCCCGCCUCCCCCCACAUCAUCACCGCAACGGGCGGAGCCGGAGGUGAGGCAGAGCCGGCGAGGGACUUGGUGUUUUAGUCUUAGGGCCUAGGGCUUAGGGUUCGCCGAGCGUCGCGCCGGCUCGCCGGCUCGCCUCGACUAUAGAUGCCCCGCUUUCCGCGUUGCAGCCUCUCUACCCUUUCCUUCCCUGCCUGCUUGCCUUGGCUCUUCUCUUUCUUCUCUUGUCUCCUUUGCGCCUUUUGGACCCCCCAUGGCUGUCGUGCCCCCGGUGCGUUUUCAGUGCUGUGUUUCGUUAGUACUUAAAUAAUACUCCGCGUCCGCGCCCCGUGUGUCGUUUCAUGUCACCACUAGAAGUGCGUUCACGCGCUCUGCUUUUCUGCGCGCACCAUCAGAAGUGCGCUGAAUCCUGAGGGUAUGCUAUGCUAUAUGCUAUGCUAUGUCCACCCUCCUAGGCCACACUGCCGCCAGAUGCAUGGUGGCCACUUAGAUGGGCGGUAGGCCCGCGGAGCGCAGCUCCGGGCGGCAGGGCAUUGCGUGCAGCCGGUGGUGGUGAAGUGGGGCCUGGAAUCCCCAUUAAGUGGGGCCUGGCUUCCCCAUUUCCCAAGCACUGGAGAAGUACGUCACCACUUGAGGGGAAGCUCUUCCCCAAGGUGGGGAAGUGACGUGCGGGGGCGUGGUUCGCACCAUUUUUAUCCGGAAGCUUUUCUGGGUGCUUCGCUUUCAAAUUACAGAUCAGCACAGCAGAAGUGCUCGUCCUCGUGGCGCACACCUGUUGUAGUUGGCUGUAGCCCGCAGUUAGCCAUGGGCGAGCUACUUAGACAGCGAAGCUGUGUGGUGUAUAUUUAAUGUAUAUAAAAGCCAGAGGCAGAGCAUGAUGUUGAUAUAGUGUAUUUUUGUUUUCAACAACAUCUACUUCGCGUGAAGAGGGUGACGUGAGUGUGUAUCUAAGUACGCCAGAUGGGCAGCAUCAGGAUCAGCAUGUUUACACGCAUCACAUACAUACGACGCAUCAGUCUGGUCGUGCGGAAAACUACGGCUACCCUGUGCUCCUUAGUGAAUUUGCGAACUCACUUGUUCUCCGUCGCUUUCCGCUUAAACGUGAAAGCGAAAAAGCCACGCCGGGCAACUAGAAAUAGUGCGGUUGUAAAGUGUUUACUAGAGAGUGGACAUCGUUUUCAAUUUUAUGCCACGGCGCCGGCGAACGAAGACAGCGCAGCGAGCUCGUUCAUGGGGGAAAGGAAGGCUGGCGAGACCACCGAGAGUCCUGCGACUGGCAAUCCGGACGAGGGCAGGGAAAAAAAGUGGUAUGAGUCGAGAAACGAAAUUAAACUGCAUCUGCGCUGUUGAGUUCUCUUCGUAUCCGGUCUGCGGCCGGAUGUUGAGAACUCCGCCAAAUCACCAGUGGCAAAUAAGACAAGAGACCAUGGCCACCCACUCUCCCAGGAGAGGUCGAGUGCGGCCGCCUGGAUCCUCGGGCCGAGCAAGGAGCCUUUUUUUUUGUUUGGCGCGCAAAUCGGUCCCGUUUUUUUAUGUUUUUUUUGCAUCCGAUUCCGAGCCGCGGACAUCCGACCGGCCGCGGAAGAAGCGAAUAAGCCUAGGGCCAUGCUUUCCCGCUCAUGUGGCUGAUUAAGCCCGGUGGCUGCGAACUCAGCUGCGAAGAUGCAGUUUUAUUUUGCCAAAAGCGAGCAAAAAGGAGGAAUGCGCGACACAGCCCGGACUAAUGCUGCACGCUUUUCGCAAGCGGCAAUGGAUCAAGUCGCAAAGGCCAGGCGUCGGACGUCAGACGGGGCGCAAGGACGGAGAAUCCAGAGCCAUGCCACAGCGUUGGGCAAGGCAUUUGCCAGCCGUUCUCUUAUAAAAGGUGAAAAGGUUACUUGUGAUGGCCAAGCUUCUCCGUCUGAGGCAGGCUCCUAUUCCUGCGCAGGCAGGAUGUUGCGCCAUGGCGUGUUUCUUGCGUCCCCCUGCGUGGGUGUGGGGGUGGCGCCUGCCAUAGGCUUUGCAAACGGGGAUCCCGCGGCGGAUCCUGUGGGGCAGGAAAGAAGUAUAGAUAUACGGGAGAGAGGAAUAUAUAAAAGGGGGAGUCGAGAUGGAGAAUGUCAGGCCGGAGCCUCUGCUUAUGCGUGGGCGUGCAAAAUGAUAGUAACAAAAACAAUAUGAGCAAGGCAGAGGUCCUCGAUAGGCUGACUAUACUGAUUUUUAGGGCCAGAGAGUAGUUAGAAGUCGGCCUUUAACAACUAUCGGGCCGCAUGCUUUGCGAGUGCGGUUCUUAACAGCUUUGCGAAUGCGGUUCUUUCAGGCCGCAUACUAGAGGUGAUGGCGGAUUUUGCCAGUGCAUGGGAAUUUGCGAAGCAUGGGUCGCGAGGGCUUAGGUCUGGAGAAUUCCAGGCAAAUUGA